AUGGCAGUACUUAAUUGCUCGUUUGUUACUGAUUUCCAGGGACCGUCUGUCAAGUGUAAGACCCUCGCCUUUAAUGAGAUCGUUCAGGCCAACCUCCGUGGUGACGGCGUAUACUUUCCCCCGGUGUACUCUGGAGGAUGGACCUCCGCACGAAACUCGUCGUCUUCCACUCCUGGAUGGUACAACCCGCACGAGAAUGAUACUGCGCCUAGCCAAGCAACCAACGAAGGCAUGCUCUACCAAGCUCGAACGCGCCCAGACACUUUUUUCGUCAGUCAACACAGCUUGACAAAUGCUCGCCCUCGCCUUAGCGGAGAGAGGCUCAGUUACCAGCGCGCCACCGAAAAGUUGGAGUGUCAGCUUUACCGAAGCAACUACACAGUUACAACAAAGUAUGUCGAUGGAUUGCGCAAAGUAUACGUAGUCUCCACAUUUACUGAAUCCUUGGAAGCCCUCUGGGGCAGGGACUCAUGGAAAUACUAUCCCAAUGCCAGUCUCAGCACUGCUGUGAUUCCUAAAGAGCUCAACUCUACCAUUCAAGUCAUCAACCUCUUCGCUCUCGUAGACGGCCUUGUACAAGCACUGUCCGGAGAAUACUACAACACCACUGGCAUCGAUGUACCAGGCUCACGACCUUCCACCUCCACCAAAAUCCGGAACGGACGUUCGCGCUCAAACCAGACCAUGAUCGCAGACUCAGUCUUCAACCUCGCGCGCUUCGCUCUCAAGCCCGCUGAUCCCGGCUUCCACCCCACCGCCUCAGACCUCAUCCUCGACCUCACCGAAGCCCGACUCAAUUCCGCACUUCAAAACAUCACGCUGUCUGUCAUGUACGCCUUCGACAGGUGGCACACCACGACCAACAUAACGCAAUCAAGCGAAUACAACAUAUUCUCCUUCUCCUCGCGUCGACGCCUGAUCAUCCCCUAUGUGGCGUCGCUCGUACUAUCCCUGCCUUUCUUGUGCAUGGGCCUCAUGGCGAUGAGAGCGAAUGGAGAGCCUGGCACGGAUACGGCGAGUUUCAUGCAAGCGCUCGUGGCGGCGGCGGGGAGUGAGCGGUUGAGAAGCGUGCUGGCGGGGUGUAGGGAGGGGGCGUGGGAUGUGCCGAAGAGCGUGAGGGAGAUGAGGAUUGGAUAUGGGGAGCCUGAACUACGCGCGCAAAAAAAAUCACCCGAGCCUGCCGCAAUCAUGGCGACACCUACGGCCUCCACGAACACGCCCUCGAAGCACCUCCCCACCUUCUCGUCACCCGCGCCGCGUAGUGUUCCACAUACCGGCAACACAAACAUGCUUUCAUAUGACUCGCCCGCGGUGCUCAACAUGCUCCACGACCCCAGCUCAGGCAUGGGAGGCGUGGGCAUGGGCAUCAGCAUGAGCGGGCUCGGCAUGUCCAGCCUGGGCAUGAGCUCGAGCGCAAUAGGUCGCGCAGACGAAGCGGAAAGGAGUAGAAGACUGCAAAACAUACUCGAGCUCGUCGGAGGCAAACCGGGCCGUGUGAGCGAAGAGGGCCUGCUUGCGCUGUGCAAGAAGCUAGGCGUGUCGGCGGAGAAGAAUCCCGAUAUUGCGCAUGGCUGGAUGCUGCUUAUUGGAGACGAGGCGGUGUGCGAUAUCACGUUCAAUAAUGAUGAGAUUGCGACUGUCAAUCUGCAGACGAAUCUGGAUGGAGAGCAGGAGGAUUUGCAGUUUGGACCGACGGGGUCGGAGAUUUUGGUGCGCAGCUUGAAGCCUCUGCCGGGACAGAGCAAGAUCAAUGUUACGCUUGAGCGGUUCGCGGGCAAUCUGGAGAAGCUGUUGACGCUGGAUAAGCUGAGCUCGCCGCAGAAUGGGGGCGUGAGCUGCUACAAUGCGAUUGCGGGUGUGUACACCAGUCUGAAGAAGCUAUUUGAGCACGAGAAGAAGAUGGCGCUCGCGGUCAUGGACGCGAACACGCCGUAUCGCAGCCACAAAGCGGAGCGAGAGGUGCUGUGCAAGAAGAGUGGAAGACCGAGGCUCAAUGGCGGGUCAUGCCUGGGCUUGAGUCUGGAAUACUGGAUGGACAGGCGGCAUCUGAUAUCACCAAAGAAGAAGGCACCACAGUCAGAAAAAGGCAAAGAGAAGAUGGACAUCGACUCGGAGCACAUCCCCCCAUACCCCGAAGACAACGAACCCGAGACCAACAGAAUGUACUCCCUCACCAUCGAGUGUGAAUCCUCCCCGUCCACGCUCUACAACCCCAUCCGCAUCUCCAACGCCUGGAUAAGCGAUGCCAUCGAAAAACCCACAGAUGUCUCCGACGCAAACGUCACCAUUGACAACAUCCUCGACAACGCCCCGUCUAUCGACUGGCAGGAUCCUAAACCCACUUACCUCGAGCCCACCGCGGAGUCCAUGGACAUCAACUCCACCCCCGGCCGCCUCCCGAAUAUCCGCUUCGUCGCAAGAUUCAACCCCCCGCUUGUCGUCCCGCUUGCCGUGCACAUGCAGCUCUACCAGAGCGUAGGUCUGUCCGAACGACCAGAGGACUUCCGCGCAACGACCUUCGUCGGCCUCGCGCUGCGGCCCGGCGAGAUUGACCCGGGCAUGAUGGGCGCCGCAGGGUCGACGCACGAGAUCCGUAGCACGCGGUCCGUCCUCGACAGCAGUGGGAAGUCGCGCAAACACGCCAUGAGCCUCUACCUGCCGAAAAUCGAGUACUCGCGCACGCUGGAGAGUCUCCCGUUUGCGCAUCCGAAGCAACUCGUCGCCAUCCUGCCGGUGCUGCGGCAAUACGCAUUCACGACGAGUUUGCUGCGCGAUGCGUUUGCGCCAUCUACACUGAGCGAGGAAGGGGAAGGCGAGGUGCAAAUCGAUGUUAAUCUCACAUACACUCCUCCCGCCCCGCGCUUGACUUUCAUCAUCCCUCACCCCUCUUCCACCUCUCUAUCCCCAGCUCAAAAUCCCCCCUUCAACACUACAAACCUCCUGCAAUCCCUCCUCGCCGACUCCCCCAGCGCUCCGCCCCUCGCAGUCACGCUCGACAUCCACGCCAACGCGGAGAUCAUGGUGCGCGAGCAGAACAUCGUACACGUCGCGCGCGAGGUGGACAUGGACAAAGCCGAGGAAGGCGAGUUACGCGUCAAGAGACUAGGCAAGGGACUAGAUGUGUGCGGGGAUCUGGGGGUUUGGGGGGAGUGGUUGAGGCGGGAGGCUGCACGGCAGCAGUGA